AUGAAACGACAGUUGAACAUAAAAGCAUUUACCCAAACAAAAAGAAAUAAAACAGACAAUCCUACUUCUGAAAAUGUAUCAAUUAACCAAGCUAACUUAUCAGAACUACCUUCAACUAGCAAACAUUAUACUGAUAAUCACAACCUUUCUUUGACGUCUAAUUCUAAUAAUAGUAUGUCUAAUGAUUCUGAUAAGACACUUAGGGCUGCGGUAAAUGAUAUUGGUAAUUAUGUGCAUAAUUUAGAAAUUGAUGAUUUAAAAAAAGAAGAACUUUUAAAAACUCCAUGGGUACCCCAUUCCACGUAUAUUUUUCCUGUUAAAACCAAAAGAAAUUUACGAUUUCAAUUAUCUUGGAUAAAACGAUUUCCAUGGUUAAGUUAUUCACAGAUUUUCGAAGGAGCAUUUUGUAGACCAUGUGUUUUGUUUGCUCGAGAAAAGGGAGGUAAAGGUGGUCAUCAGCAAUUAGGUGCACUUGUUUCUAAGGAGUAUGCUAAUUGGAAAAAUUCUCUGCAAGAUUUUCAAUUACAUGCUAGUACAUCAUAUCACAAAUUGUGUGUUGAAAAAUCUGAUAGUUUUUUAAAAGUGAAUGAAGGAAGAUCUAAAAAUAUAACUGAACAACUUAGUAUUGAACGUUCUAGACAAAUUGAACAAAAUAGAAAAAUUUUACUUUCUGUUAUUAAAACAAUAAUUCUUUGUAGUAAGCAAGAAAUUGCUCUUCGAGGUUCAAACGAUUUUGGAAAUGUAAUGAACAUAAAUUCUUUUAAUGAUGGAAAUUUCAGAGCACUUUUACGGUUUCGUGUAGAUUCGGGCGACACUAUUCUAGAAGAACAUUUAAAGAAUGGUCCAAAAAAUUCGUUGUAUACUAGUCCUGGCAUUCAAAAUGAGAUUAUUUCUAUUUGUGGCAAUAUAAUUAAGUCAAAAAUAAUCCAAAGAGUUAAUACUGCCGAGUGCUUUUCUGUGUUAGCGGACGAAACUACAGACAUUGGAAGAAUUGAGCAAAUGUCUGUAUGCUUACGUUAUUAUGACAAAGAAGAUAAAAAAAUUCGUGAAGACUUUCUAGAAUUUACACCAGCUGUUGAUCUUACUGGAAAAGGACUAGCAACAUUAAUAAUGAGUAGUUUGCAAAAUAACAGUAUUAAUUGCCACUUUCUAGUUGGUCAAGGCUACGACGGCGCUUCUGCCAUGAGUGGUUAUUUACAUGGUGCUCAAGAAUACAUAAAAAAAGACUUUCCCAUGGCUCUUUAUGUACACUGCAGUGCUCAUUCGCUGAAUCUUGCGUUGGCAAACGCCAGCUCAUUGCCCUCAAUAAGAAACUGCAUUAGCAUAAUUCAAACCGUCGGAACAUUUUUUCGCUCUUCUGCUCAACGAAGUGAAGUAUUGAGAACAACUAUCAUUGAAACUCUUCCACAGACAAGACAUAGCACAUUAGUGGCAUUAUGUGAAACACGUUGA